AUGGGUGAAAGAGGAUGGGAUGGAGAGGUGAAAAAGGAUAGGAUGGAGAGCUUAGGGACUGGAAAAGAGUCAGAAGAAAAUAAUUUGCUGCAACUAUUAUCAGAUGCUUGCCUAGUUGUUGAUGCUUUGGAGCCAUCUGUGAGGGAAGAUUUGGUGAAGAAUUUUUGCAGUAGGGAGCUUACUUCAUAUCGACAGAUCUUUGAAGGAGCUGAACUAGCAAAGUUGGAUAAAACAGAAAGGAGGUAUGCUUGGAUCAACCGUAGAUUAAGAUCAAAUGAAGAAAUCUGGAAAAUUUUUCCUCCUUCGUGGCAUGUUACUUAUUUGCUCUGUAUACAGUUCUGCAAGUUGACGAGGUCACAACUUCUGGAGAUUCUGGAAAAUCUGAAAGAAAAACCAGAUGUUGGAACACUGUUGCUGGCACUACAGAGAACUUUAGAAUUCGAGGAAGAGUUAGCAGAGAAAUUUGGAGGUGGCACCCGUGACAGAGAAAUGGGGACUGACAUCGAGGACAUUGAUAGAGGGGAAAAUAAUAGUCAAACUGUACUAGAUAUUCGAAAGAAAUAUGAGAAAAGGCUUGCUGCCCACCAAGGAAGUCGAAAUGAGAAAGAUGGACACAAGGAUUUGUCAGUGCCUGGAGCAGGGUUCAAUUUUCAUGGGAUUAUUUCAUCUUGCUUUGAACCUCACUUGACGGUAUAUGUAGAACUAGAAGAGAAAACUCUCAUGGAGAAUCUGGAGAAACUUGUUCAGGAAGAGACAUGGGAUAUUGAGGAAGGAAGUCAAACUAAUAUUUUAUCCAGUAGCAUGCAGGUCUUUUUGAUCAUCAGGAGAAGCUUAAAGCGCUGCAGCGCUUUGACCAAGAACCAAACUUUAUUUAAUUUGUUCAAGGUGCAGUUCAAUUUUGUAUCAUUCAACUGUGACUGGUUUGUCUAACGUACUUUCUUGCAGAAUAUUAGAAGCAAAUGGGUGGAUUGUUGUAUAGUUAGUAACUUACAAUCCCUUGCCAUUAAAAAAAAUUAUUAUCUUUUGAAGAAUUCAACAGCAAAUGGGAACGUUGACUCCACUUAGCCUUGAGGGCAGAAGCAUGUGGCACACUGCUUUCUAUGUAUUAUCUUUGAGUGCUCAUUUGUUAUGUUAUGUGUUAUUUUAUAUAAAAAAAAAUUUGUUAUUUUAUAGACUAAAUGUAGUUUGUACUUUGUGAUUAAAUAUAAAAGUUGAGUGUAGCUGUGUAACCUAACACAGUACUCUCUUCCAAUAUUCUUUCUUCUUCUCUUCCCUAAACCCUAACGACCUCAUAAUCUAAUUUGGUAUCAAACUUCAAAUCUAUCGAAAAAUCAUCGAAAAUUCAUCGUUGCAGCAAGCAGUGACUAACGCCAAUAUUUUGACGUCACCACCCAGUCUUUUAGAAUUUUUCGAGACCAUCUGUACUGACUUGUUCUCCUGAGCAUCAAGGUUAUUUUUGUGAAAUUUUUCGAUGCCAUCUGAUUGACUUUGUGAUUUUUUUAAUGUUUUUUUUUUGGGAAUUUUUGGCUUAAAUUUCAGAGCAGUUUUCUUGAUGCAAUCUAAUGCUUGGAUCUUGGUUUCUCUUAUUUGAUAGGGUGUGAUUAGGGCAGAUCUUGAAUGCCCAUAGCCCUUUUUUGCUAUUUGGAUCGAUUUGAGGAGUUUUUUUGACUCCUAGGUAUUUUAGCCCUUUGGUUGUGGGUUUGUUCUUGUGCCUGUUUCUUGCUUUUUCUACACAGGAAGUUGUUUAGACUUCUGUUGGGUUUUGUUGAUGCUACACAAAGGCUGUAUGACCACUAUGGGGGCUACUAUUUAGGUUUUGUUGCUGCGACACAAGGGUUAUACAACCACUAUUGGAGUCAUUUUUCAGAUGAGAUGUAGACUCUUCGGCGUCUAAUGACUCGCCUUGAUGUGUCAUCUGCUACAUCUCCUAAUUCUAUCUCUUCUUCCAACUUUGGUCAUACAGGU